GCCACUUACCUGUCCCUCGGUCCUGUGGUGUGUUCCCCGCAGCUCGUUUCACCGGCCGUCCUGUAUUCCCGGAGGCCGGCAUCUUCAGUGUGGGCUCCCGGCUGUGAUAGCUUGCGGUUUCACAGCGGGGUACCCACUGCUCAUUUACAAAUAGCGCUGCGCUUCUUGAAUGGUCCUGUAGUCUUCUGGGACCUGUCACGUGUCCCAAAAGACUACAGGGAGGGAGGGAGGACACCUUCUGCUUCCGAUCGCCUAUGCGAUCAGACCGGACGUAGGAGUGGGUACCUGUCAAAUCCGGGUACCCGCCCCCCCCCCCCACUCCCCAAAGCGGAGGAGCAGUCCUUAAUGCGGAACUUCCCCUUUUGGGUGGAGCUCCGCUUU